AUGGCCGCACUGGUCCAAACGAUUCCACAGCAAGCCAGCACUAUCACCUUGCUGCAAUCCCGUCCUGCAUCUUCCUCCUCCUUCUCUACCUCCAUACAGCACCAGUCGCAACUUCACAGCCAGGCACAAAUGGCCCGGAAUCAGAAUCACGCCCGCCCUUCUUACAAUGGCGGAAAUGGAACCUCUGCCCCGACCGGCUAUCGACUGACCCAACCAGUCGCCCCGUACGCCUUCACGAGCACUCCCGGCCUGCCCGCCCCUCAGACUGCAAACGCCCAACGACAGACCCAAAACCAGAACCAGAAUCAGAACCAGAACCAGAACCAGAACCAGAAUCAGACCGUGAACGUGAACGUGAAUCAGAACGCUCUCUACCCCGGAACCAUCCCCCCGCGCACUCACUUCUCUACUGCUGGCUCGGUAUCCAAUUCUUCUUCCUCUAAUUCAUCUUUUCAUUCACAUCUUUCAAAGGACGACUCCUCGCUUCCCAGACGCCAAGGUCCGCCUGAACCGAGUCUACGCCCUUCAUCCGCCAUCGACCUCACCCUCCCUACAUCCUUACCUGCUGCUUCAACCCCGAACAAACCGUCUCCAGAUCGAUAUCGUCGUGGCCAGCGCCGAGGAGACCAGACUGCCUCCCCCACCACUGCCGAACCCAAUGCCUCCAACACCCUCGGCCCGCUCAACACGACCAUCGGUACGGCGACCGCCCAGACGGCCAAAUCUGUCACUCCGUCAAUGAUCGAUAUCCCGGCCAAACCACAUCCACCUACCGCACACCAUACCCGUGGAGCCAGCGCCGAUGCCGCCAUAACGGACAGUGCCAGCCAUUCCAGCGCCGAACUUGCAAAGAGAUACCGACGUAGGAGUCUUGGCAGCCUCGACACCGCUGGAUUUCUCUCGUUUUCUGAAUCGCACCCUUCCCCCCACGCCAACGAAAUGGCUCUCACUGAAUUCCCGCUGAAUGGACCGCCACAGCCUGUGAGCACCGUGCCAAAAGCUGCUGACACGGCUUCCAUCACUUCUUCCUCUGGCUCAGUCAAAUCCGACAAAGCUGCUGCGGAGGCCUCCACGACUCAACCUAACAAGAAAUCUUCUGCCUUGCUGGCUCGCCCUACCGAAACGCCAAACCGCUCGAGCACUCCAUCUCCUUUAUCUAAACCAGUUAAUCUUGACGCUGAUGAGACUGUAACGCCUGCGACGACCUCUAAAUCUAUCCCUGACACGAAAAACCAACCGCCAAAGCUCGCCAACGCCCCCAGCCCGGCUGCAAAACGCCUAAUAGAAAUAUCCAAAAAGGGCCAAGGAAAAGGAGCAAAGUCACGGCUACGGCGCGCUCUCUCAUUCAGCAGCGUCGCAGAGCUUCGUGGCAUAUCCAACCCCGAACCAGCCGUCAGCUCUCCACGCAAGCAACAGCUAGAUGAAGAACUCGGCCCCGAGCAGGCUGCCAUUGCAGCCAAACAGGAAGCUGGCGGCCUGGGCGAGAGUAUCUACUCUGGCCAGGGCAACAUCUUCACUGGCUCGACAGAUAACAUCUCCGUCUCCUCCACAGCCUCUUCCGCAUCCAUCAUGCUCCGCAAAAUGGGCAAUGGUGUCAAACGAUCGACUCGAUCACUUGUCGGCCUCUUCCGACCCAAGUCCGUCUAUAACGCACCCACAGACUCGUCCAGAAUUGCUGCACCUGUCCCCCAAGUUUCCAUGGUAACAGUGGAAGCACAGCGGGAUGCCGCCGGUACAGGACCACCCGUUCUUCCUGAAAUUGGCACGGCGAGGCAGGAGAUUGCGGCAGAGCGACCGUCUGUCGAGUCAGAUGCGAGCGGUAAUGUGGACCGGAGCGGGAGGAAGAGCAUCUUCGGCGGCGAUCAGGAGCGUGCCGAGGUGCUAGCUGCUGUUAGAAAGGGCAUUCUCAAAAAAUCAGGCACCAACUCCUCAAACUCAUCCCCUGUCAUCCGGCCCGUGACGGACCUAGCUCCAGUUCCGACCCUCCAGAGACCGGAAUCACAACGCUCCAGCAGUGCUCCCAGCAGCUCUGCCGGUGACCGUCCCCCACGCUCCGGCCAUAGACGAACCGACUCCGUCACCCUCGAAGGAGAAGACUAUUUCCUCCCUGCCGGCUGCUUUACCACCGCUGGCCAAAGCGCCCCUGGCACCCCACACUCUACCACUGGUAGAAACAUUUCAUUCAGUCCCCGAAUUCAGUUCCAUGACACCUGGCCAAGUGGCGAGUACGAUAGGCGUGGAGACGUAGCGACUUGUAACCGCCUCACCCCUCUCCUUGCACAGCAGAUUAAGGAAGAACUUAAUACUUUCAAAAUGGAGAUGGAAGUGCACGAGUCGUCCAAAGUCUACACACACUUCUUUUAA